AUGUCCAGACAUCGUAUAUCACGUUCCGUUCGACUGCCAUUGCAGAGCCGCAGAACCAUCUCCAGCUCCCCAUCGACAAUCUCAGAAGGCAGGCCACCCACGGCGCCGAAGCAAACCCCGAACCUUGCCCACAUCCGUCAGAAUGCAGACCUCUACGCGGAGAACGCUCGGCUCCGCAACUACACGUCCCACAUCGAGGCUCCGGCACAAAUCGUAGCCGCGACUCAGAAGAUAGCCGACAUAGAGGCGAAGCUGAAACAGCCGCGCACGCAGGUCAAAGCCUUGCAGGCGCGGAUGCAGUCCAAGAGCGCCGACCGGAAUAAGAUUCUCGAGGAGAUCCGCAAGCUCAAGCCGGCGAUCGAUCAUUUGGAGAAAGAACAGGAUGCGCUGCAAAGCCAGGUGCAGGAAAUGGCGCUCGGCUUGCCGAACCUGACGAGCUCUGACACGCCGCUGGAGGGGGAGGGCCGGCUGCUGCGAUACAUUAACUAUGAUGAGGCCAAGCCGCCAACGUUUGAGAAAGGUGCCGACCACUCGAGAAUAGGAGAGGAGUUGAGCCUGAUUGAUUUUGCGGGUGCUGGGGCCACGAGUGGCUGGGGAUUUUAUUAUCUCAUGAAUGAGGGCGCGAUGUUAGAGCAGGCGCUGGUGCAGUACGCGCUGAGGGUCGCGAGACGCCAUGGAUGGGGCAUCGUCAGCCCUCCAAGUCUGGUGUAUGCGCACGUGGCGGAGAGCUGUGGUUUUCAGCCGCGAGAUCAGCAUGGGGAGCAGCAGAUUUGGCAGGUUGCGCAGAGUGAGCGAGAAGCGGGCAAGCCGAAGCGAAGUUUGGCAGCGACGGCGGAGAUUCCGUUGGCUGGACUGUAUGCGGGCAAAGACAUCAAUGAAGGGCAGCUGCCAGUGAAGAUGGUGGGGAGUAGUCGGUGUUAUAGAGCGGAGGCUGGUGCGAGAGGCGUGGACACUAAGGGCUUGUACAGGGUGCAUGAGUUUACCAAGGUGGAGAUGUUUGCUUGGACGAAUAACUCGGGCGCAGGGGUUGAAGGAAGUAUGCAAGAGUCGACCAAAGAUGCUAGUGUCGUCUUCGACGAGAUGGUGACCAUCCAGACAGAGAUACUGACUUCCCUGGGAUUACCAUGCCGGGUACUGGAGAUGCCAGUCUCUGACCUAGGAGCUAGUGCGUACCGGAAGAUCGACAUCGAGGCGCUGUUCCCAUCCAGGCUCAGCAGAGAUGGCGGCUGGGGAGAGGUUACUUCCACAUCAAUCUGCACAGACUACCAGAGCCGCCGGCUGAACACCAGGAUAUUAGACAAGGGAGGCUCUCGCAAGAAGUUCGCCUAUACCCUCAAUGGUACGGCAAUCGCGGUGCCACGCGUACUCGCCGCUGUACUCGAGCAUGGCUGGCGAGAGCAGGAGAAGUGUGUCAUGAUACCCGAGGUCUUGAGAAGUUACAUGGGAGGGAUCGAUCGGAUCACUCCAGUCAGGUGA